AUGUCGGUUCAAACGGUCUCCUUCCAGUCUUUCACUGACCAGAAGCCGGGCACUUCUGGUCUUCGCAAGAAGGUCAAGGUCUUCCAGCAACCCCAUUACUCCGAGUCUUUCAUCACUAGCACUCUUCUGUCAAUCCCUGAGGGUGCAGAGGGUGCUUUCCUCGUCAUCGGUGGUGAUGGCCGUUACUACAACCCUGAGGUCAUCUCCAAGAUUGCCAAGAUCAGUGCCGCCUACGGUGUCAAGAAGCUCCUGGUGGGCCAGAAUGGCAUUCUCAGUACCCCUGCGGCCAGCAACCUGAUCCGCGUCCGCAAGGCCACUGGUGGUAUCUUGCUGACUGCCAGUCACAACCCUGGUGGCCCGGACAACGACUUCGGUAUCAAGUACAACUUGUCUAACGGCGCCCCCGCCCCUGAGACGGUUACCAACAAGAUCUACGAGAUCUCCAAGUCUCUCACCUCCUACAACUACAUCGAUGUCGAGGAUGUCGACACCUCCGUCAUCGGCACCAAGGCGUACGGCCCCCUCGAGGUUGAGGUUGUUCACUCCACCGCGGACUACGUGACCAUGAUGAAGGAGAUCUUCGAUUUCGACCUGAUCAAGGAGUUCCUUAGCACCCACAAGGACUUCAAGGUGCUCUUCGACGGUAUGCACGGUGUGACCGGUCCCUACGGUGUGGACAUUUUCGUCAAGGAGCUCGGAUUGCCCGCCAGCAGCACCAUGAACUGCGUGCCCAAGCCGGACUUUGGCGGCGGUCACCCGGAUCCCAACCUCGUGUACGCUCACGAGCUCGUCGAGGCCGUUGACAAGAAUGGUGUGCACUUUGGUGCUGCCAGUGAUGGUGAUGGUGACCGUAACAUGAUCUACGGUGCCAACACCUUCGUCUCGCCCGGUGACAGCUUGGCUAUCAUUGCGCACCACGCGAAGCUCAUCCCCUGGUUCCAGAAGCAGGGUGUCUACGGUCUUGCCCGCUCCAUGCCCACUUCUGGUGCCGUCGACCGCGUCGCCAAGGCCCAGGGCCUUGAGAGCUACGAAGUGCCUACCGGCUGGAAGUUCUUCUGCAACCUGUUCGAUAACAAGAAGAUCUCCAUCUGUGGAGAAGAGAGCUUCGGUACUGGUAGCAACCACAUUCGGGAGAAGGAUGGUGUGUGGGCUGUUGUGGCCUGGUUGAACAUCAUUGCUGGUGUUGCCAAGCAGAAGCCCGAGGAGACUCCUAGCAUUGCUUCCAUCCAGAAUGACUUCUGGAAGACCUACGGCCGUACCUUCUUCACUCGUUACGACUACGAGAAUGUCGACAGUGACGGUGCCAACAAGGUCGUCGCCACUCUGGCCGACGUGGUUGCCCAGGGCACUUCGGCUGAGAUUGACGGUCGCAAGAUCGUUGACGCUGGUAACUUCUCCUACACUGACCUCGACGGCAGUGUCUCCAAGAACCAGGGUCUUUACGUAAAGUUCGACGAUGGCAGCCGCAUUGUCGUUCGUCUGUCCGGUACUGGCAGCAGUGGUGCUACCAUUCGUCUUUACAUUGAGCGCUAUGAGAGCGAUAGCUCCAAGUUCGGUCUCAAUGCUCAGGAGUACUUGAGCGAGAACAUUGCUUCUGCUCUGAAGCUCCUCAAAUUCAAGUCUUACGUUGGACGUGAGGAGCCUGAUGUCAAGACCUAA